AUGAAUAUCGCGGCAUUGCUAUACUUCCUGAAUGUCAUACGGGCCACCCCGGCAUUUGUAUUCUCUAGGGCCACUCGAUCAUAUGGUAUUUCCCGAUUCGAAGUACAUUCUUUACCGGAUAGUCCUGCGCUGCCAGCCAGUUGGGCUGGUCGACUUCCGGUUCCGGGCAGAGCGGAUGGGAAUGAUAUCUUCUUUUGGCUGUUUCAAGCAGAGCAAGCGGUAUACAGUGAUAAUUUGAUCAUUUGGUUCAAUGGCGGCCCUGGCUGUUCAUCUUUGAUAGGGCUUACGACCGGCAAUGGCCCCAUCUUGUUUGAUGGCAACUCGACCAAGCUCGUUCGCAAUCCGAAAUCGUGGACUAAACUCGGCAAUGUUUUGUAUGUCGAUCAACCAGUCGGAACAGGCUUCUCAACAGCCAGUUUCCCCUACCCGGUCAAAGACAAUGCCAGAGUGUCGGCCGACUUUGCACGCUGGCUACAUGCCUUCUUCAUGCACUUCCCACACCUUGCAUCGAAGCAAAUACAUCUAAUGGGCGAGUCAUAUGCCGGUAUCUACAUACCAUACUUCGCAUCGGAACUCCUUAAUGGCAAGAACACACUACCACUGGACGUGCGGUCAAUGUCUCUCGGUGAUGGCUCAUGGGGCAACGGAGCAGCCAUGUCAUCCGUCGCAAUGGGAGCCUAUCUAAGAUCCCAAUCAUCACUUCUCAACAUUCCCGAGAACAUCCUGUCAGUCUUCGACGAAGCAGACGAAACCUGCGGGUUCAACGAUGUGCUCGAGCAAUCCGCAAUCUACCCACCAAAUCACAAAAUCCACAUCCCAGGUAACCCAGAGUACUUCAACUUGAAGCGCCGCCGCCGCAGAGACAUGACAGACGCCCUAAAUUCAACAUGCAACAUCUUCGCAACAACCCCAGCCGAAGUCCGCGCCUCAAUCUUCAACUCGACCUGCUACGGCCCCUGCGCUGCCCACUCAACAGCUAUGGACUACAUGACAACAACGUCCGACGACGGCUCCAGAAAACCAGCCUGCUACGACGUCUACGACAUCAGCCACGACUGCAGCACUGUCUCCCCAUUGCCAUUGUUAGCAGAGUACUUCAGUCGCGCCGACGUCCAGUCCGCUCUACACGUCAGCAACAGCGGCACGUAUGAAGCGUGUAACCCGACUAUUCUGGGUACACUCCUCGCGGCGGAAUCCCCUGUUCCACCAGAGUACUCUAUCAUCCCGUCUCUGAUUACCGAACAUAAUGUCUCGCUACAUAUCUACAGUGGAGAGUGGGAUAUGUUGAUCAAUCACAUUGGCACCGAGUUGUCGAUUCAGAAUAUGACGUGGCGUGGUGCGCAGGGUUUCUCGCGGAAACCGAGUCGACCGUUUUAUCCUGAUAAUGCGGCGCCUUCUUCGACUAUCAACCCGAUGGCAAUGUUGGCUGCUGCUACUACUACUCUCUCGACUAUUGCGGCUACUGCUGUUCCUGCUGUUUCAUUGAUCCUCCCAAUGACACAAAAACACUCCACCGGAGGCGAGGAACAGCCUCUUACUAUUUCUCAAUGGCGUGAAUUACAAGAAACUGUUUCCGAGCCAACGCACAUUUUGUCGCUGCUCGAGCGAGCACAACCAAACACAUCAAAUGCAUGGAUCUCAUUAGCAACACCUGAACAAAUCAUCACACAGUGGAAGAAUAUCACAGCACUUCAAUCCGAAGGGAGAGAUCUUCCAUUAUUCGGCGUGCCAUUUGCCGCCAAGGAUAACAUCGACGCCGCUGGGUUUUGCACAACGGCCGCAUGCCCAUCAUUUGGCUCUGAGCCUGUCAUCACCGAUUCAACCGUUGUCCAACGAUUGAAAUCGCAAGGAGCCAUUAUAAUUGGCAAGACCAACCUGGAUCAAUUUGCCACCGGUCUCGUCGGUACCCGAUCACCGUAUGGAGCCGUUGCCAAUACUUUCGAUCCAAAGCGAGUCAGCGGCGGAAGCAGCUCCGGGAGCAGCGUAGUCGUUGCUCAGGGACUAGUUCCUUUCUCUCUUGGAACAGAUACAGCAGGGUCAGGACGGGUACCUGCUGGCUUCAAUAAUCUUGUUGGACUCAAGCCCACGCGAGGGGCUUUGAGUGCACAUGGCGUGGUACCAGCAUGCCGCUCACUUGAUUGUGUUUCCAUCUUCGCCUUGACGCUAGAAGAUGCAGACCUCAUCCUGCAACUGGCCGAGGGAUAUGAUGUUCGAGAUCCAUACUCGAGAGAUCGGGCCAGCUGGGCGACUGACAAGUCUCCUCGAGGAGCUUUACCUUCCCAGCCAAAGCUGGCUAUAUGCUCCAACCCUGAAUGGUUUGGCCGGACCGAGCAGACUAGGCCAUAUCAAAUGGCAUUGACCAAGGCCGAACGGCUGGGGUGGAAGCUAGAGCCCGUUGACUUUACACCCCUAUUCUCUCUUGCCAGCCUCCUGUAUGAAGGCCCAUGGGUUGCUGAGCGAUAUGCUGCUAUCGAGAAGUUCAUACGCUCUGUGCCAGUGGAGGCCAUGGACCCCGUAGUUCGAAGUAUCAUCAUGAAAGCCGAGCAGUUCUCUGCUGCUGAUCUCUUCGCGUGCGAAUACAACCGACAAGAUCUGUCUCGUGAGAUCGAACAGAUAUUUGGGCAGUACGACGCGCUGCUAGUACCCACGGCUCCCACAUUCCCUUCGAUGCAAGAUCUCAUUGACGAACCUAUCGCGGCAAACAGUCAACUGGGUAGAUAUACCAACUUCGUCAACUUCCUGGAUUGGUCUGCUUUAGCAAUUCCGGCUGGCUGGAGAGAAGACGGUCUUCCGUUUGGUAUAACGCUGAUAGGAGGGGCAUGGGAAGAGCCGCGAUUGUUGGAGCUCGGUCGGCGCUGGAUGUCUGAUGGCCCACGUUUGCUGGGAGCUACGGGUGUGGAAUAUCAAGAGCUUUGCUUUGAGCUUCCCGUUCCCGUCAAUUCGAUGCAGCUGGCUGUAGUCGGUGCCCACCUUUCUGGCUUCCCUCUGAACAUGGAUUUGGUCUCGCGGGGCGCUACCUUGGCCACUGCUACAGCUACAGCUCCGUGUUAUCGGCUAUUUGCACUUCAUACAACAGGCCCAGUAUCAAAACCUGGCCUGAAGAGGGUCAGUGAUGGUGGCGAGUCAAUCGAAGUGGAGGUUUGGAACAUGCCGCUGGACAAGAUUGGCAGCUUCCUCGGUACUGUUGCAGCGCCCUUAGGCAUCGGAUCCAUUGAACUGCAAGAUGGCCAAUGGGUUCAUGGGUUUAUCUGCGAGCCUGUCGGCCUCGAAAAUGCAAAAGAUGUCACUAGCUUUGGCGGAUGGCGAGGAUACACCCAGUCACUCAAUAGUUCUACCGCCGAGUCGUCGCGCGUCGCAUCUCCUACACCUGCAACCAGUAUCGGUGAAAAGCGCAUCACGACGGUUCUGGUUGCCAACCGCGGGGAGAUUGCACUGCGCAUCAUUCGGACUCUGCGUGACAUGAAGAUCUCGUCUGUGGCUAUCUAUUCAAAUGCCGAUGCUCGUGCGCCACAUGUCGCUGCUGCUGAUGUUGCUCUUCCCCUGGCUGGGAAUACAGUAUCUGACACGUAUUUGAAUGGCAAGCAGAUCCUGGAUUUGGCUAUCAACGCUGGUGCUGAUGCCGUCAUUCCUGGAUAUGGCUUUCUCUCAGAGAAUGCUGACUUUGCCGCCGCCGUUGAGACUGCAGGUCUGGUAUGGAUUGGUCCAACUCCUAAGCAAAUGAGAGACUUGGGCUUGAAGCAUUGCGCUCGUGAUAUUGCUAUUACGGCCGGUAUCCCCGUCGUCCCCGGAAGCAAGGGCUUGGUUACCAGUCUUGAAGAUGCACUGGCAGAAGCAGACAAAAUCUGCUAUCCAGUGAUGGUGAAAAGCACCGCUGGUGGAGGUGGAAUUGGCCUUCAGCGGUGCGCCGACAUUGAUGCACUUCGAGAAGCAUUUGAUGGCGUUCGUCGACUGGGGCAAGCAAACUUUGGCGACGAUGGAGUUUUCAUCGAGCAUUUCAUCGACCGGGCACGACAUAUCGAGGUCCAGGUGCUUGGUGAUGGCGCUGGUCGAGUCAUUUGUGCUGGCGAGCGCGACUGCUCACUGCAGCGUCGAAACCAGAAAGUGGUCGAAGAAUCUCCUGCUGGGUUUGUCCCAGUCAAAGUUCGAGCUGACAUGCGCCGGGCUGCUGCUGCUCUGGUUGCUUCCUUGCAAUAUCGCAAUGUUGGUACUGUUGAGUUCAUCUUCGACAUCGACACCGAGGACUUCUACUUUUUGGAGAUGAACACACGUCUCCAGGUCGAGCACCCAGUGACCGAGGCUGUAACAGGACUUGAUCUUGUCGAAUGCAUGAUGCGCAUUGCUAUGAAUGAUUGCACCUCUCUUUUUCCUCAGCAAAUAAAUGAAAUCCAGGUCUCCGGUGCGGCGAUUGAAGCUCGUGUAUAUGCUGAAAGUCCCCUUCAAGGAUUUCGACCUUCUCCCGGGAAGCUCAUGAAUGUCGAGUUUCCAUCUGAUGUCCGCAUUGACACUUGGGUCAGUUCAGGCCAGGAGCUAUCAUCAUCUUUUGAUCCAAUGAUUGCAAAGAUCAUCGCACACGGCGAUGAUCGUCCUGCAGCUCUUCGAAAGCUCUCAGAAGCUCUGGCCAAGACAAUAAUUACGGGCGUGGAAACGAACCUGAGAUAUCUGCAGCAAAUUGUUGCUUGGGAGUCAUUUAACUCCGGAUCCUUCACGACAGGAUCGCUCAAUACUUUCCCAUACGAAGUUCAAGUUGUUGAGGUCAUUGAUGCUGGGUCCAACACGGCUGUACAGGACUUCCCUGGCCGUCAAGGUCUUUGGCAUAUCGGCGUGCCGCCCUCCGGCCCAAUGGAUUCCUACUCGUUUCGUCUCGCCAACAAAAUAGUCGGCAAUGAUGAAAAUGCUGCGGGUCUUGAGUGCUUGACCCAAGGCCCGACACUGCUCUUCCACUCUCCAACCACCGUUGCUGUCGUUGGUGCCAAUGCUCCUCUAUUUGUCGACGGGGAGGAAAAGAAGCCGGGCAUAGCGAUCAGCAUUCAAACUGGACAGAAGCUUUCCAUCGGAACAGCGAUCAAUGGUUCUCGAGCCUAUCUUGCCGUUCGAGGUGGUUUUCAGGUCCCUAAAGUCCUAGGCAGCCGUUCGACAUUUGCAAUUGGUCACCUCGGAGGACACAAUGGACGUAGCCUUCGACGUGGUGAUCUUCUUCCAUUAGCAGCUGUUACGGAAAAAGAACUUCCAUUACUCAUGGCCCCAAUUUUCCCUCUGCCGAUACCUGGCAACCGAGAAUGGGUCGUUAGUGCGAUCCCUGGGCCACACGGUAGUCCGACUCAUUUCACACAGGAUGGGCUUCAGGAGCUGUUCAAUGGUGAAUGGACUGUCCACUACAACAGCAAUAGGCUCGGAGUCCGCCUCACUGGGCCCCGUCCAGAGUGGGCAAGGCAAACCGGUGGUGAUGCUGGUCUGCAUCCCUCCAACAUCCACGACAGUCCUUACUCAAUUGGAAAUAUCAGCUUCACCGGUGAUGAGGCAGUUGUCUUGACAGCAGAUGGGCCAAGCCUGGGAGGAUUUGUCGCCUUUGCCACGGUUGCGGAGGCCGAGAUGUGGAAGUUUGGUCAGAUGCGACCAGGCGAUCGCCUUCGACUGCACCCUAUUUCUCUUGAUGAUGCCCAGGCGCUCGCGGGGGCUCUCGAGCAUUCAAUCGCUACUUUUAGCCCACUGACAUCAGGAGGUUUGAAAGACACAAGCUCGACCGCUGUCUACAGCCCGGUCAUGAAAGAGAUCACCGAGGCUGGCCGCUUCAUUCGUUGCUGCCAGGCAGGUGAUCGAGCCUUGCUGCUUGACUUCGGCAAUGAAGACAACUUCACACUGCGACAAACAUUUCACAUCAUGAGUUUCAUUGAGAUGCACCGAGUUUCUCCAAUUCCUGGCGUUGAGGAACUCACAUCAGGAGUCCGAAGUCUCCAUAUUCGUUUGAAAGCAGGCUUCUCACUACCCCAAGUCCUUGAUGCGCUGGUCGCUCACGAGCUAUCUCUUGGAAGUAAACUUUCCUCUCGACUACCCUCACGCAUCGUGCACAUGCCUCUCGUUUUCGACGAUGAGAGGAGCCGCAAUGCCAUUGCCCGCUACACUUCGACUAUUCGUUCCUCGGCACCAUAUCUACCCAGCAACAUUGAGUUCUUGCAGAAAUUGAACGGACUUGACAGCCCUACUGGUGUGGAAAGCAUUGUCUAUGAAGGCACAUUCCUUGUAUUGGGCCUUGGUGAUGUGUAUCAAGGGUCCCCCUGCGCUGUACCACUGGAUCCCCGUCAUCGACUCUUCGGAACGAAGUAUAACCCAUCCCGUUCCUUCACACCUCGUGGUGCUGUCGGUAUUGCUGGUCAAUAUCUAUGCAUCUAUGCGACCGACUCGCCUGGCGGGUAUCAGCUCGUCGGUCGUACGGUCCCUAUCUGGGAUGAGUUCCACAAGCCAGAACGAAGCGAGAAGGCACCGUGGAUGUUCUCGCUCUUGGACCAGAUUCGUUUCUACCCUGUCUCAGAGGAAGAGCUUUCCGCAGCGGAGGCCAAUGGGACUUCCAGUGAUCUCAUAAAAAUCUCCAGCGCUGAGCUGGAUCUCAAUGAAUAUGAGAAUUGGCUAACAAAGAAAGAGGAGGAUAUCAUUGCUGUUCGGGAGCAACGAUCGAAGGCAAUGCGUGAAGCGGAUUUCUUCGAUGAUCUGCUCAAGCCUUACGAUGCGGUCGCAAUGCGGCCAGGUCGAGGCCAGGAGAGUGACGAAGUUAUGACCGGAGAGCGGGUGAAGGCACUUCUGCCUGGGAGAUGUUUCCGUUGCGCUGUCAAGGAGGGAGACGAAGUUCAGGCAGGAGACGCACUGAUCUGGGUCGAGUCCAAUAAAAUGGAGGUCAAGAUAUGUGCACCGGUCACUGGGAAAUGUGUGAGACUGCUGGCCACAGAGGGAGACAUCCUUGAGCCCAGUGACGAUGUUGUUAUUAUUCAAUAG